AGGAACCUUCAUCGCUGGUAAAAGCAAAACGUGUGAAAACAACACGUGCGAUAGAUGCAUAGGAGAAUAGACUUAUCUUUUUGCACUUCCGAAGAAUUUUUGGCAUUUCACAAUUGCUACUGUGACUCAAACCUGAUUGCGGGAAGUGGUGGCCGAGAUCAAGUAGCGACGCAAGCAGCCAUCGUUAGAACACUCUAGUUGUCGUGUCGCCAGCACUUCUCUUUGCAAAGCCUCAGCAGGAGUAAGUACCAAAUUCAGAUGUCGGACGCAGAGGGCGGAUCUUCCAUUUCCGGCCCGGGCGAAAGCAAGGACAUCAAGAUGUUGACAGUCCCCCAGAAGUUCCGUCUACACGAGGAGGGAGCGUUCUUGUCUCGGUCCGCACUGGAAGCGGCCAUGAACUGGGAGCCGGGGGGACCGGAUUUCGCAAAACUCAUCGGAAAGGUAUCCGAGGCGGCACAGAAGGUGAUCAAAACGGCUACACCCGGCAAGGCCGACUGCGUCCCCUCACAGCCCGUGAUCGCGCUGUGCGAGGGGGACGAGCUGGUGGUCAUCCCGCGCGAGCCCCGCACAAAAUACUGCCCGAAGGCCAUGGCGCUCGAGGUCGCGGCGGCCGUGGGGGUAGAUUCCGCAGCCAUUGUCUGCGAAAAACGCGAGGAAGCGCGGAAGGCGAAUUUUUCGGUUCCGGAGCUGCCGAAGUUCGACGCGGACUACGAAAAACAACUGGCGAAGGCCGAGGAGGGCGGGUCAUGUUCCAGCCAGCAAGGGGACGCGGACGCGGGGAACGGCAGCAAAAAGAAACGCAAGCCGCUCUUCCAGUUCAACAACAACAUUUGGGAACGCCGUUUCGAGGAGCGCAUGGCGAAAAUUCAUUGGCCGAAUCACCUCCGCUCGAGCGCGCUCGGGUCGACGGCGGUCCAACUCCACCGUGCGGAAAAGCUUCUCACGUUCCAGGACCAAUUGGGAGAAAAAGUCUCUUCGGUAAAGCAGGAUUAUCAAAUGUAAAAAUGCCUGGGUCUGGAAGAAUGCAACUUGUCAUGCUAAAUCUGAAGCAUACAAAAAUCUGUGUUGCAUGAUUACCAAAAGUCGUCCAGUUUUGACCAAGUCGGGAGGCAGUUGCUCAUACAGGAUAGGCAUGAGAAAGAUCGCACAGAAUCUGUCAUGCUAGGUCCUGCAUUCCAGACCUCAUGGAUCAUGGAAAAGCUGCGUGACAAUUCGCGCAUUCUUCCAGACCCAGACACUUUUCCAUUUGAUAAGGAUACCGCCUGGAAAAAAUUCGCACAAACGAUGAAGCGCAUUUCGGAUAGUUUUCAGCUCGACGCCGAUCGGGUCGACUUGUUACUGCAGGAACUGUACGACGAGGGUGCAGACAUUAUGGACGAUGCAAUUCAGCGAUGGUCUGGUGGCUUCCCAAUGUGCAUUCCCAAAGGCGUCGAAGACUGCAAUCUGCGACCGGGAAACCUCGGCCCGGCGGUGGAGUUUCUCCUUUUCGGCCUCGGUGGUCAGGUGCUGGUGAACGCGCGCUCGCUGAUUGUUGCCAUGCCGCUGCGAUAUAGUAUUUCUACGUUUUUUAUGUGAAUCUUCACGAGAGUGUGGUUUGUCUUAAUGUGCUUCAUUACUUUCGUGGUCCGUGAAAGAAGUGUCGCUAAGAAAUCAAUACGAAUAGUUGUCUGCUCGUUCUUCAAAGUUGUAGAUGUAGGCACCUUGGGUUUUCUGAUCGACAUCUAUGUGUUCUUAAGUUUCGGGAGGACAUCAUCAUAAAGUCGGUGUUUACAAUUCCCACAGGCCGAUACGACCAGAACGAAGUCUACGGAUACCCAUCGUCGGUGGGCUGUUUGCGGGAGUUUCGAGUGUUGGAUACUUUGCGCAGCGCACUGAGCCGAGAGUGCGACUUGGCCGGAGCCAAUUUCGCACUCGCAUUGCCGAAGAGACUGGAAGCGGACUGCGGGCUACCGCCUAAUACUCUCUUUCUGGAGACCCAGGUACUUGAGGAGCAGAUCGUGAAGAUCGCCACCGACCCGGACCGGAUGCUGACCCACGAGGGGAAGUGCUUGUGGACCGCCAACAAUAUCGAGACACUACGAGACUUGGAAGAGCAAAGACGGCAGCCGGCAUACCUUGCGAUUGGUCCGGAUCCGCGAACAGUGGCCGAGGAUGAACGUUGGAGCGGCUGCUUGAUCGGUUUUGCCGUUGAUAUGCUUUCCGGGACGCUCCGUGAGCCGUGUUACGCCCGCACCACCCCGCUCUCGCGCAGGGACCGCGAUUUUGAUCUGGCCUGCUUCGGCUUUUUGGACGCGGCGGUACAGAUCUCGUGGCCAGACGACAACUGGGUUCCAGCCCUGGACGAGAACGUCGUGAACAUACAGCUUGAAGAAGAGGAGAUGGGCGUGGCUGGACCGAUGUGGGCGAUUCGCUUUUCGAAUGGAAAACACCUGGAAACAAGGCGGCCGAGAAGUUUCUUUGUCGAAACGCGGGAGGAGGCGGACAAAUUUAUCCAGGACCUCCGUCUGUUCUGCAACAUCGUCCAGUUUUGCACCACGAAGCGUGGCCAAGCGCUGCUGGAACUGCGAAGCGAAUUUCCCUUGUAUGCGGCGCUACACCAUCAAGGACCUCAUGCACCAUCAAGGUAUUCGAAGAGGAGUUUUCUCAAGGACCUCAUGUUUUAUGUGGAAGGGGUGUCCAAGGAAAAGGAUUCAGCGCCAACCCGUGCGGCCCAAGGCAAAAUCGGAAAAACCAGUGCGGAGGCGAACAAGUGUGUCAGCGGUCCCAGUUGUAGCAGCGGUUUGCCAACGCCGUCGCACGAAGAAAGCGACGUGUGGGGAGAAGCAGAAGAGGAAAUGCAGUUGUCUGUAGAAGCUUCCGUAGCUGCCCCCACAGCAGAGCGCCGCUUCCUGCGCGAAGCAGAUACCUGGGUUGAUGUUUUACGAGCAGUGCAAGAGUACCGGCGGCAGAACAACGAAUCGGAGGAGGAUCCCAUUACCAUCCACUGCAUGCAGCCGCGCGCCUAAAGCACCGAAAAAACAGUGAUCAACGGCAAAGCGGCAGCGGAGCUGGAAAUUGAUAUAUCCAGGUCAAAUGCCUCCAGAAUGAAGUAAAAAAUCGAAGUGAAUGCUGCACCCCUGAAUAAUUUGCAGGCCUUGUAGAAAGCACCAGUACGGUCGUAAGACGCGAAUAAGCAAGUCAACUGAGCAAUACUCAGUCCGCGAUAGGCUGGCUGGGAUACUUACUUGUCCCUUCUUUUUGACGUUGGUCUACUUACUUCUGGCACCACACGUCAGUUUGCAAUCGCGCCGUGUGGCCUUUUAUAGGCCCACGAGGUUCAGCUACUUGAGUUUCCCGUCGCAUCUACUUGGUCUGGGACUGAGAGAAAGUAGUGUUUAGUGCUUUCUGGAGGGCAGGAGAGGGUUUUGGAGUGGUAGCACUGACCUGAGACUUGGGAGACAGACGAAAGACCGCAGCCAGUAUCUUGUUUUGAGAGCUACUCUGCAAAGAAUAUGUUUUCUACCACGUUCCCCUUCGUGCCGAGUAUAGCAAAUUGCAAUUGAAAGCCAGUAUAGGAUGGCGCGGCUGGGGAUUCCGCCGGGUAGCCGUUCUACCCGUUGCCGGAGAGGAAGCACAGCUCGCUACGGAUUGCGCAAGAUGAUCGCUACGGAUUGCGGCCUGGGCAAGACCUCCGUGAGAGGCAACGACGCGACAGUGGUCCAGGUGCUGCGCGCCGAAGCCAUGCCAGAAGCCGGCCGCCUCAUCGGCAAGGGGGGCAGGCUUUGAAAGGAGACCACGCACCGGAGCCGCGGGCGGCCGCCUCGGGCACAUCGUCAUGGAAGGAAAUAGCCG